AAGUUACACCAAAUUCUUGAGCUAUAUUCAUCGCUUCCUUUCAGCACUUCUUCCCAACCAUUUCUGCAAGCGCGCCAAUUCAACCAAACCGCCACAAGCUACCCACCACUGCUGCCCUGGUGCGGCGGCGCCACAAUCACCACCGUCAACAUGGGAAAGCAAAAGCAGCAAGUCAUUUCACGUUUUUUCGCUCCCAAACCUAAAGCCUCUCCAUCAACAACUGAUCCAACACAUUCUUCACCUCCUCCUUCUCCUCUUCCUUCCUCUUCUCGCCCUAAUCCUCCAACCCCCAAAAUCUCCGCCACCGUCACUUUCUCACCAUCCAAACGGCUUCUUACUUCUCAAAUCACUUCCCCCAACAAGCCACCAAAGCUCCCCAAACUCUCCCCCCACACUCACAACCCUCUUCCCCACCCCACCACCCAUCAGCGCUUCCUCCAGAAACUUCUAGAACCUUCUGAGCCCGAGCCACCUUCCCAUUCUUCUGCCAAACCCUUAAAGUACACUCCUUUGGAGGAGCAAGUGGCCGAGCUCAAAGGAAAGUACCCUGAUGUUCUUUUGAUGAUCGAGGUUGGAUACAGGUUCCGUUUUUUCGGCCAAGAUGCUGAAAAUGCUGCCAGGGUAUUGGGUAUAUAUGCGCAUAUGGAUCGUAACUUUUUAACUGCUAGCAUACCAACUUUUCGAUUGAAUGUCCAUGUGAGGAGGCUUGUGAGUGCUGGCUAUAAGGUUGGUGUGGUUAGGCAGACUGAGACAGCGGCUAUUAAGGCUCAUGGUUCAAACCGGCUAGGCCCAUUUUGCAGGGGAUUAUCAGCAUUGUACACGAAGGCCACACUGGAGGCAGCACCGGAUUUGGGGGGAGGGGAAGAGGGGUGUGGGGCAGAGAGCAAUUACUUGAUGUGUGUGGUGGAGAAGAGCAUUUUGGGAGAGAGGUCUGCGUGUGGGGUGGAGGGUAAUUUUGAUGUGAGGAUUGGAUUUGUUGCAGUGGAGAUAUCAACAGGGGAUGUUAUUUAUGGGGAAUUCGAUGACAAUUUCUUGAGGAGUGCACUUGAGGCUGUGAUGUUGAACUUAUCUCCCGCUGAGUUGCUUCUUGGGGACCCUCUUUCCAAACAAACGGAGAAGUUAUUGCUGGCUUUUGCUGGUCCUGCUUCAAACGUUCGUGUGGAGCGAACCUCUCGAGAUUGCUUCGCUGAUGGAGGUGCUCUUGCAGAAGUCUUGACCUUGUAUGAGAACAUGGGUAUAGGAUGUUCAUCAGAUUCAAUGCAAAACAAAGAUUUGACCGAGCACACUAAUCAGCCAUUAGUUAAGGAGGUGAUGAACAUGCCAGAUUUGGCAGUCCAAUCUUUGGCCUUAACAAUUCACCAUUUAAAGGAAUUUUGUUUUGAAAGAAUUGUAUGCUCAGGUUUUUCUUUAAGGCCAUUCUCAAGAAAUAUGGAAAUGACCUUUUCAGCCAAUGCGCUUCAACAACUGGAGAUUUUAAAAAAUAAUAGUGAUGGAUCUGAGAACGGGUCCUUGCUGCAAAUUAUGAAUCGCACCCUUACUAUAUUCGGUUCCAGGCUUCUUAGGCAUUGGGUAUCUCACCCAUUAUGCGAUCAGACCAUGAUUUCUGCUCGUCUUCAUGCUGUAUCUGAAAUUGCAGAGUCCAUGAGCUCUUGUAGCAUGAAGAGCCUAGAGUAUGACGAAGACUCUGAUGUAACAAUUGUGCAUCCCGAGUUAGCUUACAUAGUUUCUUUGGUUUUGACGAAUCUGAGCCGAGCACCUGAUUUACAACGCGGGGUUACAAGAAUAUUCCAUUGCACUGCUAAGCCAGUUGAGUUUGUUGCAGUUAUUCAAGCUAUUUUGUCAGCUGGAAAACAGCUUCAGCAACUUAACAUAUGCGAGGAGGAAAACAAUAAUUUGCAUUCUAAUCUGUUGAGAAGACUGAUUCUGACUGCCUCCUCUGACAGUGUUAUUGGCAAUGCUACAAAAAUGUUGUCUUCUUUAAACAAAGAAUCUGCUGAUCAAGGCGAUCUAACAAAUUUGAUCAUUGCAUCUGAGGCACAAUUUCCAGAGGUUACUAGAGCUCGGAAAGCUUUUCAAAUGGAAGAGGAACAAUUAAAUUCAUUGAUCGGCUUGUAUCGCAAGCGCCUUGGAAUGCGGAAAUUGGAAUUCAUGAGUGUUUCUGGAAUUACUCAUUUGAUAGAGUUGGAGACUGAUGUUAAGGUUCCUUUAAACUGGGUUAAGGUUAAUAGUACAAAGAAAACAAUUCGGUAUCACCCUCCUGAAGUGGUGACAGCAUUGGACAAGGUAUCUUUAGCAAAAGAAGAGCUUACUAUUGCCUGCCGAACUGCUUGGGAUAGCUUUCUGAGGGAUUUCAGUAAACACUAUGCUGAGUUCCAAGCUGCUGUUCAAGCUCUGGCGGCUUUAGACUGCCUGCAUUCCCUUGCCAUUCUUUCAAGAAAUAAGGGGUAUGUUCGGCCAGUGUUUGUAGAUGAUUGUGAGCCUGUUCAGAUACAAAUUUGUGCUGGUCAGCAUCCGGUUUUGCAGACUACCUUACAAGACAACUUUGUCCCAAAUGAUACAAACUUGCAUGCUGACAGAGAGUACUGCCAGAUUGUCACUGGACCCAAUAUGGGGGGGAAAAGUUGCUAUAUUCGCCAGGUGGCAUUGAUUGCUAUAAUGGCUCAGGUUGGUUCCUUUGUACCAGCAUCAUCAGCAAAACUGCAUGUCCUGGACAGGAUCUACACUCGGAUGGGUGCUUCUGACAGUAUUCAGCAAGGGAGAAGCACCUUCCUAGAAGAACUGUCUGAGACUUCAAAUAUUCUUCAUAACUGCACAGAAAAUUCACUGGUUAUCAUUGAUGAGCUUGGGAGAGGUACAAGUACACAUGACGGUAUGGCCAUUGCUUAUGCGACAUUGCACUAUCUUCUGAAGCAAAAGCGAAGCAUCGUCCUCUUUGUCACUCAUUAUCCGAAGAUUGCAGACCUCACAACCGAAUUCCCUGGCUCUGUGGGAGCAUAUCACGUGUCACAUCUAACCUCACAUCAUGAUACAAGUAAAAACAAAAACUCUUGUCUUGAUAAUAUAACUUAUCUAUACAAGCUCGUACCUGGUGUUUCAGAGAGAAGCUUCGGAUUUAAGGUGGCUCAGCUAGCACAGUUACCACCACAUUGCAUUACUCGUGGCAUUUUCAUGGCUUCCAAAUUGGAAGAGCUAGUGAACAAUAGAAUACAUAGUAGAUCGGUGAAGGAGCUGUUGUUGGAUGCAAUAGUGAUUGGUCAAGAACAGGAAUCACAUCAAGAGUUUGGUAGUGCUUACAAGGAACUCUAUUCAAACUUAAAAGCUGCAAUUCUAGAUGAUGACCAUGCAAAAAGCUUUCAGCUUCUGGAUCAUAGCAGAAAAAUUGCAAAGAAAUUAAUUGGCAGACACUAAUUAACAGAUACAUGCAGAAGCAGGAUCCGGGAGGCCCCUUCCAAUGUUGUAUAUAACAAUUUACACAAAAAUUUGUGCACUUUCAUUUAAGUUAGGCCUUCCCAUUUUUGCUUAUUUACCUGCACUGCCUUGUGCAUAUUUUGCAGUUGUGGUCAUAUUUGGUAUUGGGGGAACUCAUUUUAUUUACUGCUACGUACAUGGAUGUACUCACUACUCAUCAUAACUCAUUUGGGCAGUGAAAGGGAAAGCUUUAGUGAUGAUUUGGUAUUUUCGGUGUUAUUAUUUAUUAGUUUUUUAAAUGGUAUGAUUUUGUC